GCCGCCGCAGCAGCAGCCGGAGCGCUCCGUCCGACCGUCACCAGAUCUAACAACAGAAUGGCGAUGCGCGGCGUCGAUUUCAAGUGGUACGACGGCUUCUUCCUCUCCAUGCUCGUCACCAGCGUAGUCAUCGUGUCCGUCAACUGGGGGAGGUACCGCCUCUGCGCCCACCCGCUCCACAUAUGGAUCGUCGUCGACUACACCGCCGUCUUCCUCUUCCGCCUCCUCAUGUUCCUCGACAACUGGCUCGCCGCUGGGAUGGGCCUGGAUCUUGGAUGGCAACAGAGAUAUACUCGUUUCUGUGGGAGGAUAGUUGUUCUGUCAGUUCUCGUACUUCUUCUCUACCCAUUUCUGUGGGUUUGGACUGUGAUAGGAACAUUGUGGUUCAACAGUGCAAGGACAUGUUUGCCAGCGGAAGGACAGAAAUGGGGCUUCCUGAUAUGGCUGUUCUUCAGUUACUGUGGGCUCUCAUGUAUUGCAUGUGUGGCUGUUGGAAAGUGGCUAAACCGCAGGCACGCUCUCCAGCUGAGGGCACAGCAGGGGAUUCCAAUAUCUGAAUACGGGGUAUUGGUUGACAUGAUUCGCGUGCCUGACUGGGCAUUCGAGGCAGUUGGCCUGGAACUGCGAGGAAUGGGCCAAGACACGGCGUACCAUCCCGGCCUCUACCUAACAACCGCCCAGAGGGAAGCCGUGGAGGCUCUGAUCCAGGAGCUCCCCAAGUUCAUGCUGAAGGCCGUCCCGACGGACUGCAGCGAGUGCCCGAUCUGCCUAGAAGAGUUCCGCGUGGGCAGCGAGGUGCGUGGCCUCCCAUGCGCCCACAACUUCCACGUGGCAUGCAUCGACCAGUGGCUGCGGCUGAACGUGAAGUGCCCGCGCUGCCGCUGCUCCGUGUUCCCCAACCUGGACCUGAGCGCGCUCAACGGGAUCCGCGCCAGCAGCGAGCAGGACCGCCCGUCUGGCAGCGAGGUGACCACGACAGCGGCAGCAAGCCGGUACGCGCCGGCGGCGGGGCAGAGCUACCUGGUGCGGCUGCAGGGCCUGCUGCCCCGGCCAGUGGUGGUCGGGCAUGGGAGUGACGAUGACGACGUGGAGAGCGGGGAGCGGCGUGGCGGUGGCGGCGGUCUUCCAGGUCGUAUUUUCGAGGGAAAUUGUGUGGAAGGCAGAGGAGAGCAGAGGAUAGGAAGUUUGUCAAGUGUGAAGGAUUCCUGCGGCGUCGUCUCAACCGAACUCAGACUCUUGACUCAGACCGCAAGCCUGACCUGUACACACACGCAGACCUCUCGAGACGAUGAGGCCAAGCCAGGAAGGGAGGAUCCCCCAUCCAUCGGGAUGGACUCCAACAGCAACGCCAAUCCGCCGCCGCCGCCACCGCCACCGCCGCAAGCAGAUGCCGGAGGAGACGGCGACAAGGCGCCGGCCUUCGACGCGCCGCAGCAGACGCCGCCGCCGCAGCCGGUGAGGGAGGACUACGUCCAGAACGCCGUCAAGUUCCUCUCCCACCCCAAGGUCAGGGGCUCCGCCGUCGUCUACCGCAGAUCCUUCCUCCAGAACAAGGGCCUCACCAGCGACGAGAUCGACGAGGCCUUCCGACGAGUGCCCGAUCCGCAGCCCACCGCUGCUUCGCCGUCGACCCAGGCCCAGCCUGCCCCUCCUCCUGCGGCCGCCGCCGCGCCUCUGCAGACUUACGCGCGGCCGCAGUCGGCAAUCGUUGUCGCUCAGCAGCACCCCAGGUUCACCUGGUACCGCGCCUUCGUCGCCGCGGGCCUCUUGCUCGGCUUCGGAGCCAGCGCCGCCGUCUUCAUCAAGAAACUGUUCCUCCCCAGGCUCAAGUCGUGGAUCCGCAAGGUCGUCGCCGAAGCCCAGGAGACCGCCGAGCUCAAGUCCAAGAUCGACGACGAGACCAAGGAGGCCGUCAGGGCUUCCUCGGAGGCCGUCUCUGCUAUCGCCAAGACCAACCAGGAGUUGCUUGCUUCAAAGGACGAAGAAAAGAAGAUACUCGUGACUCUGACGCAUGCGCUGGAUUCCCAAGCAAAGGUGCUGAAAUCGUUGAGCGAGUCGCUGAGUCAUAGCAGGGACUCCGUAAAUGUUACCAGGGAGGAUAGGUUUGCGCACUAUCGCCCGUUGGAAGAUCAUGCCGUGAGGAAUGGGCCUGUUAACACUCCAUGGAGACCUCCUCAGCAACCUAAUAUGUAUGGUGUGCCAAAUGGUGACUUUGGUUCAGGAAGGCCUUCAUUUGCGCCAGCACCUACUGAACCUACAUCUGGAUCAUUUUCAAGAUCUUAUGUUGAGCAGACAGUGCAGCGAGCGGAUAGGUCUUCUGGGAGUAAGCAGCCAUGGGAGAUGCCGCAAUACGCACAGCCAAAGCUUGGCUAUGGAUCCAACACCCACUUGAGCGAGGAUGGAUCAUACUCCGAGGCUCAGGAGAACUAUGGCCCUUCGUACCACCAGAACGGAAAGGCCCCUGAUUUCCAAACGGAGGAGCCCAGGCCGCUGACAUACAGUACCGGGGCUGAGGAAAGGCCGCCACCUCAGCGCCGCUGGGUUCCCCCUCAGCCUCCAGGCGUCGCCAUGCCAGAAGCCGCGGCUGCCAUACGUCAACCAAAGUCCCUUACAAAGCAACCGUCGAGCGACAUGUCCGAGGCAGCUGGUGAGAUGCAGGUGAAUGGUGCCCAGAGUUCGUCUUCUGUUGCUGCCGAGGUGCCGGUCAAUGGCAGCGCCGUGAGUGAUGCUGGACGCGGCGAGAUUGAAGAACAGGUGGAAGCCAUCUGAGUAGCAGGCGGGCCAACCAACGACGCGAAGCAGUCUGUCUGAAGUUCUAAACAAGGUUCUAGUCCGUCUAGCAGUUUGUCAUAAGCUUGUGAACAUAUUUGGGUUGCUUAUUGCUACGGGGUAGCUGAAGAUGGAAUAAAACAGAUCACUUUUAUAUCUUGCUAUGUGGUUUUGAGUUUAGACUAUGUAUACUACUACUCUAUACGCUGAAAAAAUAGUAAGAAAAAUUCUUAUGGUUGUGUCUUCUGCACAA